UCGUCGUUACACUUCAUUUGAUAGUAAAAUUGAGUGAAUUUAAUAGAGGAUUUUCGUGCGGUUGUUUGUGUUAGUGCGGCUGUUAACAAAAGGAGCUAUAUAAACAAAAGCAUAGAGAAAUUUACCAAAAAACACUUUUUCAUUUAAAGUGCUUUGUUUAUGCUCAACUUGUGUGCUACUUUUCUACAUUUUCGGGUGCCUUUUACACGAUCGGCCACUUUCUUUGACUAAGAAGUACUUUUUCGCGUUGUUAGCCGAGAAUCUAAAUUUGCAUCUAUCAAAUCCCAGCUUGAUUAAAUUCGUUGUGAACCUGCGGCCACUUGAAUAGAUAACGAACCGAAUCCGUCACUGUUUUGGGAUCGCCUUUCGGCUCCUUGUGAUUGACAAAUUAACGCAUUCAGAUCGAUUAGCAUCUGUAUUCAAGCUGGAAAGGUUCUAUUAGCGAUUAGCGAUUAGAGUUCCCAUAGCCAAACUUUGGUGCUCAAUUGUCUCUCGAUUGUGGCAUUUUACAGAACCGAUACACAGAGAAGCCCAAUUACGCGGAAAACGCAUAUAUAAACGACCUUUAGUUGGGCCAUCCCAGAUAUAUUGUAUAUAUACAACUAAAGUAUAUAAAGCCGAUCCGUGACGCACCACGCAACGAUUCUAGGUGAAGUGGGUGGCUGUCACAGGCGAGCGAAGCGAAAAACCCAACAAAUUUCGGCCCAAAUAGCAACACUUGGCUAAAUGCGAGAUUGCCACUUGGCCAAAAUGCCGCGUGGAGGAACGACAACAUCGCGCUAUGAGGAGGAUCCAGACAACGCCUGGAACUGCUGCUCCUGGUGCGAGUACUUGCUGAUCGUCAUCCUGUCCACGAUCCUGCUGGUGGGCGUUCUGGUGCUGACCCUCUUCUGGGUGAUGUUCUACCGCGAUGGCUUCGCCUGGUCGGAGAGUCCCAAGCAGCAGUUCAAUCUGCAUCCCAUCCUGAUGAUCGCUGGCUUCAUCACGCUAUCCGGAUUUUCCAUCUUGAUCUACCGGCUGUGCCGCUGCGUGAAGCACAUCUAUGUGAAGCUGAUCCACAUGUUCUUCCACGCCGUGGCCAUUCCGUGCAUCGCCCUGGGUUUCAUAUCCGUCUUCGCUUCCCACGACGCGUUGCAAAAGGUCAACUUCUACAGCCUCCACUCGUGGCUGGGCUUCGUGACAAUGGGCAUGUUUGUGCUCCAGUUUGUGAUCGGCUUCUUCAGCUUUCUGGUGAUGCUGUGCUGUGAGAACAAGACCUACAGCUGCCGCUCGGCCAUGGUGCCCAUCCACGCCAGCUUGGGACUGGCCAACUUCUGGCUGGCCAUUGCCUCAUCCGUUACGGGACUGAUCGAGAAGGAGCGCGAAACCGUCAACGAGGUGGGCGUGAGCAGCGAGAACAAGCUGGUGGAGCACUACAUCACCAGCGCCAUCGGCGUCACCCUCGUUACCAUCGGCAUCAUCGUGACCUUCGCGGUGCGGCGCUCCAAUGCGCCCGCCUCGGCCAAGGUCUACGUCACGGAGCGCAUUUAGACGGGCCGUCCGGCUCGUCGGAGACUCCGCCGCCGGAUUUGGUCCACGGCCAGGAGGGGAAGCGAGUCGCAGCAGGUGUACCCGAGGAUCCCGGACCUCGGCGACUUGGACUGGACUUGGGGAAACGGACCAGCGGUGUCCGUUCGCCAGGCUUAGCGCACAGAGACCACGCUUCUGCAACUCUAUCCGAACCCUUUGUAACCUUUUAUAUGCCAAAUUAAACCCACUUCAUACACUUAGACUA